GACGAGGAGGCAGAGAAGGCAAAGGCCGAGAGAGUGGCCGCCUAUCAGGAGAAGAAGUCCAAAAAGGCGGCAGUGAUCGCCAAAUCCAAUGUCAUUCUGGAUGUGAAGCCGUGGGACGACGAGACAGACAUGAAGGAAUUGGAGGCUAAGGUGCGCACCGUUGCCAUGGAUGGACUCCAUUGGGGCAUUUCCAAAUUGGUUCCACUCGCUUACGGCAUCUUUAAGCUGCAGAUCGUGUGCGUUGUCGAAGACGAUAAAGUGAGUAUCGAUGAGUUGACCGAAGCUAUUGAGGGCUUCGAGGACUUUGUCCAGUCCGUAGACAUCGCCGCCUUCCAGAAGAUUUAAACACUUGUUUUAGUUUUACAUUUGGUUUUUAUUUGCGAUCAAGUGUUUUGAUUGUUAACCACAAUAUGAUUGUCAAAUCAAUUCAAAUAAAGUGAAAUGCAUUUUAAUAUACA